AUGGGAGACUCAUCGAUGCGUGACUACGGCUUGGCCGCACCUCAUGGACCCAACACAACUGGCCACCAUGUCGCGACCGCAGACCUUGGCGACAUGAACAACGACGAGGCGUCCGUCUUCCGAUCGCUGCUCUUGCCUGACGACAGCUACGACGAGGACGGUACCUACUGGGCCGACAUGAAGCUCGGCAAGCGCAUCAACUUCAUCCGCAAGGUUGACAACGAAGAGGCCAAGAAGGAGCUCAAGUCGAUUGGCCGCAUGAUCAAGGCCGAUCCUCUUUCCCCCGUCAGCUUCUACUUCAGGAAUAUGGUCAUCCCUGGUAUGGGUCUGCUUCUCGAAGGUUAUGUUCUCUUCUCCAUCGGUAACGUCAAGCCACUCUUCCAAAGCGCUUUCCCAGACUGUUGGGACAACCACACUGUUUGUAACAAGACCUGGAUUCAAGCCGUCGACUACCUCGAGAUUUGUGGAAUUAUCGUCGGCCAAAUCCUCGUCGGUGUUAUCGGAGACUGGCUUGGACGUCGAUGGGGUUUGAUCCAGGAUGCUGUCAUUAUGUUCUUGGGUCUCGUUAUGCUGACUGCCUCGUGGGGCGUCACAUUGAACGGCUGGGUCAUCUGCUACGUUUGGUCUCUGUUCUUCUACGGUGUCGGUGUCGGGGGUGAAUACCCCAUGACUGCCACCUCUGGAAUGGAGAACGCCGUUGGCUCUAGCAAGAUCUCAACCCGCGAGGACCGUUUGCACCGUGGUCGCAAGGUCACCUCGGCUUUCCUUAUGCAAGGCUGGGGUCAGUGGUUCAACCAAGUUAUCCUCAUCCUUUUGCUCCUCAUCUUCCACGGCGGUUCUUCAAGCGCACCAUACGGCAAGACACUCGCACAGUGGACUUACCGUGUCUCGUUUGCCAUUCCAGCAGUCGGUACUCUCUGGCUUGUCUACUACCGUACCUACAAGAUGCGAUCCGCUUCGAAGCAACUCCAGGCGGCCAAAAAGAAGUCUUCCGUUACUGGCUACGAUGUCAAAUCCUUAAAAAUGACCUUCCAGUUCUUCGGCGGUCGUGUCCUUGCGACUGCAGGAGCCUGGUACGCGAACGACAUCUUCUUCUACGGUAACAAGCUCUUCCAGAGCGAGUUCAUCUCGACCAUAUCUGGGGACGACGCCUCGAUCAUGGUCAACUGGCUCUGGAAUUUGCUCAACAUUGGUGUCUCGCUUGUCGGAUACUACCUCGCAUCGUUCUUAAUCGACCACAAGCUUUACGGCCGCAAAUGGAUGCAAAUUGUUGGAUUCUUGGGCGAUUUCAUCUGCUUCAUCAUUCCAGCAUUCAACUAUUCAUACUACGCCGAGGGCGCUGGUGUCCACAAGUUCAUGGCCAUGUACUUCUUGUCAUCCUUCUUCAACCAGUUCGGGCCCAACUCUGUCACCUUCUUGGUUGCCGCAGAGGUGUUCCCCACACCUGUACGUGCGUCUGCACACGGAUUUUCCGCUGCUUGGGGUAAGCUCGGUGCUCUCACCGCGGCUGUGCUGUACAAUUACAUCGACAUCCCGAUGCGUUUCCUGGUCGUGCCAUGGUUUGGUCUCGCUGGCGCCAUCCUCACCUGGGUCUUCCUUCCAGAUACCACUGGUCUCGACCUGAAGGAGCAAGAACGCAGAUGGGCAUACAUUCGCGCUGGACGCGACGAGGAGUACUGCGGUGUCGCCGUCCACCCACAACAUCUGUCUCUCUGGGAACGCAUGUGGGGUCUCGGCAAGCGGUACAACGCUGAAAAGGAUUACGAGCAGAGAGUCGAGGAAAUGCGCGCUGAUUGGGAAGCAGCUAUGGCCGCCAGGGCUGAGAAGGAAGAGGCUGUUGCCGAUGAUGACUGGAGCGAUGAAGUGAGCACAUUCUUCGAGCGAACUCGCGGUAAGAAAGGUGUCUCAACGUUCAAGCCAGGCGAUGGCGACAUAAGUGGGCCAUCUAGUGGCUCGAUUGAAGAAGAGAAGGCAUCGGAGAAGAUCAAUGGUCAAUAG